AUGAAUGCAGAAUGUGGAUCUUCUCAUUCAUCUAUGCCUUUCACUCCACCGAUAGACCUUGAAUUUGAUCGUGAUCAACAAGGCCAACGUAUUUCUCUUGGUCAAGGUGCAUAUGGAAAAGUUUAUCUAGCACAAGAUCGUAUAACAUCGAAAAAAUUUGCUGUAAAAGAAAUUCCAAUGCGUAAUCCAUCUCAUACAGAAGUUGUUGAAAAUGAAAUCAAAACAUUAUCAACACUCAAUCAUAAAAAUAGACAACUUUCGGAAGCAUCUAUUAGAAAUUAUACUCGACAAAUUCUUAAACGUUUACAAUAUUUACAUGGAAAUCAUAUUUUACAUCGAGAUAUUAAAUCAGCUAAUAUUCUUAUUAAUUCAAGAGGAGAAAUCAAAAUUGCUGAUUUUGGUACAUCGAAACGUCUUGCUGGUCUUCAUCUUUGUACAGAAGAAAAUGUUGGAACUCUUCAAUAUAUGUGUCCUGAUGUUGUUCUUGUACCUCCAAUGGGUUAUGGAUCAGAAGUUGAUAUCUGGAGUGUUGGAUGUACAGUUAUUGAGAUGGCAACUGGUAAACGACCAUUUCAUAAUGUCGCAAAUGGUUAUGCACUUUUAUUUAAACUUGGCAAAGAAAAACAACCACCUGAUAUUCCAUCUGAAUUAUCUGAUACAACUAAAGAUUUUCUAGCCAAAUGCUUUGAACCAUCGCAUAGACGUCCAUCAGCUAAAGAUUUAUUAAAUCAUCCACUUUUCAAUGCAAUACGUGUCUCAGGUUCUUCAUCAUCUUUACAACAAAGUACAAACGACGGCGUCAUGGUUUUUGAACCAGCUCGUAAUCUAGCACCUCAAGUAUCGAUUGAUGGUUGUCGUCGAUUGGAAUUAGCUAAUAUUUUAUGUGACAAAGAAAGUCGAGAAGCUUUUAUUGGUCAAUGGAUGUUUUUAAUAGAAGAAAAAAAUAAAACUGAAUUAUUAAAUAUUGAAAAACUUUUAAUUUUAUUGUCUGGUAUUUGUGAUUAUUUGGAUCAAGGAGAUGCAGAUUCAUUAGAACAUGCACUAGACCCAGGUCCAGCAUUACGAUGA